AUGAGUAGUGUCCGCGAAUUAUUUGGUGGUGCAGUUACUGCGAUCUGCCCUAGAAAUCUUAUCGACGCCUCGGCUAUCCGCCAAGUUCCAGACACUCAAGAGGUGUUCCUUUACCGUGACUCCGGUGUCAGCAUCAUUGUAGAAAUUCUUCAGAGGGUUGAUCCUCCAGAUUUUCGCGACGCUGCCAAAUUUCAUUUUGACUCUCUGGCCCACGAUAAUAAUGCCCUUCAGAGCAACGUAGAGUCAGUGAAUGUCAUUCCAAAUGAUAGAGGAGAUAGAAUGCCGUCAGCCAUUGUCCUCUCUGGUCAUCAGGCAAUCCGAAAAUGCAAUCAGGCGACGCCGGACCAGGUUCUUGUCCUGAUGGCCGUCUAUCGUAUGGAGGAAGAGGGAAUUGAUUUAGUUGUCACAUUCAAUGUGCCUCUUCAAUCCAAUGAUGGAGGUGGAGUGGGAGAAGCUGGUCGUGAUACAGCACGAACUCAGUUCGACACAUUUGUCCGGUCCUUGACUGUUGUUGACUUCGGGCUCUUUGCCUAG